CUUCUUCCACCAACACACAAGAUAUGGUGGUCUAGCGCCAUGUUCUUUGUUCCCGUGCACCUCGCCGCUCUGGCAUUCUGCAUGUCUCUCCCUGUCCGUGUGGUGUUGGCAAUUCUGGGGUCAUCAGCGUUCCAGCCAUCCAUCGGAUGUUGGAGUAACUCUGAUGAAGUUCUGCGUGGUCGUGCCCAGUGUGAAUUCGUCCACCACUGUUUUCCUUAUGCACACCUGGGACUGAGUUGGAGACAUAAGUCUAUGAAGGCCACCGUUGUUUGUGAUGGCCAUGAAAGCUACGUAACAGGAGCCAACUUAUUUCAAUGC